CGGCUAGUAAAUAAAUCGUAUAAACAUUUAUUUAAAAUGCAACUUUAAUGAAUAUAUUUAGUUUAAAAAGCUAUAGUUUUAAGUUUGUGCGCAUUGGAAAUAGUCGGAUAAAAUCAUCCAACAUUUGAAAAAACAGAUGUCUUGGCAAAAUUGGCCUCAGGCACCAGUUGCUGCCAAUUUAGGGCCAGGGAUUGUGAAUUCGGCUCCAACAGUUGUGACUCCAGCCAUGCAAUAUAGCCCAGAGCAGUGGGCACAGAUGCAGCAUCAGAACUGGCAACAGUGGGCCCAGUGGCAACAACAAUAUCAACAAUGGCAUCAACAGUAUGGAGCAGAGUAUCAAAAAUCAAUGGGAGCGUUAGGCGCUCAGCCCCCAUUGCCAGCAGUACCCACCAUUGGCGUUCCACCGCCUCUUCCUGUAGAACCUAAACCUCCAUUGCCUCCAGAAGAUCCUCCUAGUGAUCAACAUGGCCCAAAUUUUUACGCAUCUGCUCCUCCUCCAAAGCCAAAUGUUGGAUACACUACUGGCACACCAAACGUACAAGGCAAUUAUCAAAGGGCGAAUUGGAAUCAGAAUAAAAGGCCGUACGGAUAUCAGAAUAACGAUUAUGACAACAGCAAAAGGUAUAUGACAGAGAAACCCAAUAACUGGAACCAAAAUCAAUGGAACAAACCAGAUUUGACGCAAGCGCCACCAAACUUUCCUCCACCCGAGAAUCAGCACCAUCCACCAACACAAAGUUUUUCUCAACCUCCUCCAACCAAACCUAAUACGGAAGAAUUAACAGAAGCUGAAAAAAAAUUUGAUAAAGAAUUUGCUGCCUGGGAGGAGCAAUUCAAUAAGUGGAAAGAACAGAAUGCUAAUCAUCCUGAUAAAAAUCAAUAUCGUGAAUAUGAGAAAAAGUGGGAGUCCUGGAGAAACUCUUUAUUAGAACGUCGAGAGCAGAUGAGAAGGAAGAGACUCGGUAUUACUGCUCCAAAAAAUGUUUCUGGAGGUUCACAAUCCAAUCAAAAUCAAUCCAACAAACCACUAACUGAUCAACCAAGUAUAUCAGACAAUUUUACCAAGCCUCCUCCCACCCUUAAUAAUGAGCCACUUAAAUUUAAUUUUCCAGGGUCAUUUACUGAUGGCCCUGAAGAUUCUGGCGAAGGGUUUCUUAAAGGUACCGCUACUGGUGGUAUACCUGGAUUAGACUUGGUAAAGGAUGACGCUCCCCUUGAUGAUGACCCAAUUGACAAAGAUAAUAUUAUUGAUUUGGAUAAAGAUGAAAGGAGAAUCGACGGUUCCAAACAAGAUGAUAGAAAAGAACCUGAUUUUGAAGCAAUUUCCAAAGGGAUUAAUAACAUUUUAGGAGACGAGAAACUUAUGAGCAUGCUUUCAAUGGUUACCAAAAAUCAAACUCCUGUUUCUAGUAAUCCCAUAACCACCACAAUUACAAAACCACAAGGUGAUAUUCAAGAUCAUCAGCAGAUUAAUGAUCAUUCCAGUCAAGGCUUUGAUGAUAGAUCCAAUCAAGGGGAUUACUAUAAUCAACGGGAAGUCGUUAACAACUUCGACGAUCAGACAAGGAGUAGUUUUACUAUGGGACCAAAUGAGAGUGACGGGGGUCGAUAUGACAGGCGAUUUGAUCAGAAUUUCCAGAACUUCCGUCCUAAUAGUGGUGGAAGAUUCAAUAAUGGGAGCGAUCAGAAUAAUUUCAGUGGUAGUUUUAAUCAAAGAAACAUAAACAAUAUGGUUGACAAGGGUAAUUUUGGUAGAAAUAUGGGAGGAAGCGGAGACUUUGCUAAUAAUAAAGGGAUGGGGAAUUUUACUAGAAAUGACAAUUUUAACCAAGGAAAUAAUUUCAAUUGUGGAGAUAAUUUUAAUAGCGAUAAUUUUAAUAGAGGCGUUAAUUUUAAUAGAAACAGUUUCAAUAGAGGCGACAAUUUUAAUCCGAACAGGAAUUUCAACAGAAAUGAAAAUUAUCAAGAAGGUGAAUAUUAUAAUGAACAAAACUAUGAUGAUUACGAUAAUUAUAACGAGGCGGAAGACUAUGAAAGCUAUCAUAAGAAAUUUACUGAAAAUGAAUAUGAUAAUAACUUGAAUCAAGAUGUUAAAGAUCCAGUUAAGGAUGAUAAGAGUGAACCAAAACUGGUCUCUGAAACUGAUACCAUUUUUGAACCUGCAAAAGUCAUCGAUUAUGACCAUAAAUCAAUUAAAAAAAAUGAUUUGGACAUAAUCUUAGAACCUAUGCGGAUGUUUGAUUACCGUCACAAACCCCUAAAUCGCAUACCGCUGCCACAGCGUCCAGAAUGGCUUUCGAAGACGGUACGUUUUAUUCCCGAAUUCGACCCUAUCGCCAUUCCGUACGAAAGGUCAUUUAUACAUCCACGGCAUCCGCAAGACAUGUUGCCUCCUAGAGGAAGACCAUUUAGAGAUGUUACACGUUGGCCGCAAUGGGACAACAGGUACGACGAUCGGGGAAGAGUGAGGUCACGUGAAUUUGAAGGCAGGAAAAUGGAGAGAGACAAAUUUGAUAGGAAAAAUAGUAGAUCUCCGUCGCCGCGCGUCGGCAAAGUUAAGAAAGACUUCGAGGUAGAUCGGAAGCCCAUGGAUUUUGAGGAACUGUCUGAUGACGAUAUGGAUUGGGAUGAUGAUAAAUUGGACAAUGAUAAACCGUCUGACAAAAACGUUGGACAAAGUAUUACGCAACUUGAUAAAGCCCCGGUGGGAAAAAAUAUGUCUGGAAAUUACAAUGUUAAAACUACCAUGAUUGAGGAUUUAAUAUGCCAACCAGGCAGAUAUAGUAGACCACCUAAAAUUGUCAUUAUAUUAAGAGGGCCUCCAGGCAGCGGAAAAACUUACUUAGCUAAGCUUAUCAAAGACAAAGAGGUCGAAAAUGGUGGUUCCGCACCAAGGAUAUUGUCACUGGAUGAUUAUUUUAUGGUGGAACAAGAAAAAGAAGUUGUGGAAGAUGGCAGGACCACCAAAGUGAAGGAAAUGGUUUACGAAUACGAGAAAGAAAUGGAAAGUUCAUACCGAGCUUCUCUCAUAAAGUCGUUUAAAAAAACCAUUACUGAUGGUUAUUUUCCUUUCAUAAUCGUGGAUAAUGUUAACGAGAAGGUCAAGUAUUUCGGUGAAAUGUGGAGUUUCGCCAAGCAAAAUGGUUUCCAGGUCUACAUAUGCCAAUUGGAUCUGGACCCUCAAGUCUGUGCCGCUAGGAACAUUCACGGACGUACGGAGCGGGAGAUUGAGGAUUGCGUGGCCGCAUGGGAACCGGCACCCUCACAUCAUCCUCUAUUAGACGCCAGCGGAUUGCUGAGCGCUGCUCCUAUUCAAGAAGUGGAGAUGGAAGUUGUUGGAGUCGCGGAAGAGAACGUGGAAGAGGAGGGGGUACAGGACCAUGUAAGAAGUAAAUGGGAUAACUUCGACUGUUCUAUUAACAACCUCGCCAAACUCGAUGGCGUCAGCAAACCCCUCCGCCCCUCACGGACCAUGGAAGAAUACCUGCAGCUGGAAGAUGAACAGUGGUCACCGCCAAGAUCCACAAAGCCAGGACAAAAGAGGGUUAGAUGGGCGGACUUGGAACACCAAAAACAACAGGCCAAAAUGAAGGCAUUGGGAUUUGUUGUAGGCCAAAAUUGGGACAAAGUGAUGAAUAGUACUGGGGAAAGUGCGUUGACUCAAACCAAGUAUAUCGAGAGAGUGAAUCAGUUUUAAGGCGUCUGUGUAUUUGUUUUCAGUUAGAAAUUUACGAAUUGACUAUUUUGUAAAAAUUUUUGAUGUAUUUAUUUUGAUAUUUAAUCUGUUGUACAUACCGUUUCAGUUAAGAUUCAAAAUAUAUUUGCUGUGACAGACAGGACAUGUACAAGUAACUAUUCUUUAAAAAUUUGUAUUAAUAGAAGGCAAUACUUGUUGCCUUUGAAUAUGUGGAAUUAAUUGUUAUAAUAUAAUAUUCUAGUUAUUAUAUAUUUACGCAAUAUUUUGCUUCUUUACAUGAAAAGUUAUCAUUUAGGGAACACUAUUUUCAAAAAUGUUCUUAAUUAAAAUACACUGUUUCAAUUA